AUGAUGGCCCCGACGAUAUCGAUACCUUCAUGGAAGGAUCGGCAAUCAUCCUCCCAGUUCAGCAAGGUCCAACUGCCCGUCAUGCCAUGGCGCUCCUUCAAACUGUUGAUGCCACAUCGGAUGAGGCGAAGACUGCGAUCCAAACUACGUAGCAGAAUUUCUCCAGCGACUUCGAUUGCCUCGCUCCAGACCUCGUUCUCGCCAAAGGAUACUCUACGCUCUCUACAGUCGUAUCGCUGGAGUGUCUACGAUUUGCAGUAUAUACUUCUAGCGAUUAUCGGCAUCUUUUCGCUGUGCAUCAUUCAGUCGCCAGGCGUCAUUGGCAAGACGACAAUUGCCUCGCUCCUCUUGCUGUCCUUGCUGCUGCCCAUUACCCGACAAUUCUUCCUACCGUUUUUGCCGAUUGCCUCUUGGUUGAUUUUCUUCUAUGCUUGCCAGUUCGUUCCUUCAGAUUAUCGUCCCGGUGUCUGGGUUCGUGUUUUGCCGGCUUUGGAAAACAUCUUGUACGGCGCCAAUAUCAGCAAUAUUCUGUCUGCACACCAAAGCGUUGUGCUCGACGUACUGGCAUGGUUGCCCUAUGGCAUCUGCCAUUAUGGAGCUCCCUUUGUGUGCUCGAUCAUCAUGUUCAUCUUCGGGCCUCCCGGAACUGUCCCCGUCUUUGCCAAAACCUUUGGCUACAUCAGCCUGACAGCUGUGGCUAUUCAGCUGAUUUUCCCAUGCUCUCCCCCAUGGUAUGAGAACACAUACGGUCUCGCUCCUGCCGAUUAUUCGAUCAAAGGCGAUCCAGCCGGACUAGCUCGUAUCGAUGCUUUGUUCGGUAUCGAUCUUUACACGUCCGGAUUCCAUGCGUCGCCGGUCGUGUUUGGCGCUUUCCCCUCUCUGCAUGCCGCUGAUUCCACUAUCGCUGCUCUGUUCAUGAGCCAUGUUUUCCCCAAGCUCAAGCCACUCUUCGUGACCUACACUUUAUGGAUGUGGUGGGCUACCAUGUACCUGUCUCACCACUAUGCGGUCGAUCUCGUCUGCGGUGGCAUUCUCGCAGCUGUGGCUUUUUACUUCUCCAAGGCUCGAUUCCUGCCGCGAGUUCAGCCUGGAAAGCGUUUCCGCUGGGACUACGAUUACAUCGAAAGAGGCAAUGGAUCAGAUGAAGAAGGCUAUGAUAUGGAUAACUUUAAGGGUGACCUGCAUGCCGAUAGCGACGAAUGGACUGUUGGUUCGUCGUCGUCAGUGUCAUCUGGUUCUCAGAGUCCAACCGAAGACCAACACCUUUGGGAGGGCGAAACCCUUGCCUCCAUUUCUGAUGUUGAAGCCGGUCAUUAA